AUGCCCGUCUCGCAGCCCGCUGUCCUAGUGGCUCGCUUCCUGAGGGGAAACAACUAUUCCAAUACUCUGGCCGCCUUUCUUGAAGAAGCGAAUCUGCCACCCGAUGCCGGCACGCUUUCGAAAGGGGAUCUCACCAUCGAGCAGGUGCUUCGCGAGAAAGAGACUUUCGACUUGACCGCGAACUUUGAGAGACUGGGUGUCGAGGAUGCCGACAAAGGAUGGCGAAGUCCAGCACCGUCAACCGCCACAGAACUCACGAUAUUGCCCACUGCGUCCAACAUUCUGAACACAUCCGUCGAGCUCCUCGCCGUAUCCGAUGACACGUUAGAACCCUUCGUACUAUCUACAACCGCAGACCGUCGGCUGCAUAUGGUGUCUGUCUGCGAAGACUCGUUCAAGCUCGAGCGCUCGAUCAGCAAGGCACAGGACUCGCCGAUCUUGUCGUACAGCGUGCUUGGUCAAAGCCAUCUCCUCAUGACGAGCAUGUCGGGGAAGACGGUGCUCUACGAUUGCCGAUCUGAUGCUGUGGUCAGCGAGCGGCGAGACCAUUCCAAAUAUGCUGUGACAGUUACCAGCCACGCGCAGUCAGGUGGCACCUGGGUUGCAACGGCAGGGUGGGAUGCGAAGGUGUUUCUCUACUUCAUUGAAGGCACCACGGACGGCCCCCCGCAUCUUCGAGCUCCCGUUGCCACACUCACACUUCCUUCGAACCCGGAAGCCUUGCUAUUCAUUGAACACCCUGAAACCACCGAGCCCCUGCUCGUGCUGACCCGAAAAGACUCGACAUUCCUCUACUACUACGCUCUCCCUGACUCAGCCGCCGAUGUUGCAAACGGGCCUUGCAAACUCCAACUUCUUGGAACACAGAACCUUGCUCCUACUUCCAACGCAUGGAUUGCCUUCACACCAUCAAGCAUUGCUCUCUGUCCGACGGACUCUUCUGUUGCAGCGGUCGCAACGUCUGCUGUUCCACAUAUGAAGCUCAUUAUCUUGCGACUGCUCGUACCGCCGGCUGCCGGCAUCGAGUCUGGGUUGGAAGACACAGGCAGUGCUCCUGCAGCCCCAGCUACGAACACGAGUCAGAACCCGUUCGUAUCGUUGACCCAAGCAACGCAGGCGCGGGCAGCUUUGGCGACGCAAGAACGCGAACUUGCGGCUAUCCUCGUCCAGUGCAACACCCUGGCGCCGCAAACAGCGUACUCGACGCCGGCACUGUCAUGGCGACCGGAUGGAAGCGGUGUGUGGGUGAACGGCGAUGACGGAAUUGUUCGAGGAGUGGAGGCCAGCACGGGCAAAGUGGUCGCAAGCCUGAGCGGGCACGAGGCGGCAUCGAAGGUGCGGUGCGUUUGGGCUGGAAAGGUUGGGCGGGCGGACCAAAGCGGCGAGGAGUGGGUGCUCAGCGGCGGCUUUGAUCAGAGGCUGAUCGUCUGGCGAAUACCGUCGGCGGGGGCUGGGUCGUCGUAA